UUUCUAACCUAUUUCUAGUGAAGUUAACAGAAAGUGGUUGUUUGAAAUCGUUUAAAUCAAAGCAUGAAAUAAAAAAAUUGUGCAUAAUUAAGGGUUGAUAAUUAGUUCAUUAAUUACAUUAACUAUUUAUGUAUUUAUUUGAGAAGUUAGGUUAGGUAUUUAAAUUAAAAUCAGCAAAAUAUAAAUAACAGUCGCAAAUUCCUUUGACGUUAUCACCAAUUUGCAAAAACCUAAUGGUAGCCUUGAAGCGAUUAUUUGCCGCUUUUUUUCUUAUUUUUCUGCCUUUUUUCGAAAGAUGCCGGUAGUUGUGCGCCAGGUGCUAAGAAUUGGCGGCAAAGAAGUGCUGGCGGGGCAAAUUCGCGCCUUUUUCGUCAGACCGUUUCGUGCUUUCGCUAACACAAGUACCCUGCAAGAACCAGAAAAAAAGAAAAUGCCUUCAUCUAGUCUUGUCUUGAAAUACACCAAAGUGGUUCCAGAGGCGUAUGCCCCAACCAAAGGCUCAAUUAAAGCUGCCGGUUAUGACCUCAAGAGCGCCUUCGACUGCAUUGUCCCUGCCCGGGGUAAGGCCCUCGUGGACACUGGUCUCAAAGUCCAGCUUCCAGAAGGGUGUUAUGGGAGGAUUGCUCCUAGAUCGGGCUUGGCAGUGAAGAAUUUUAUCGACGUAGGCGCGGGUGUCGUUGAUGAGGACUACAGGGGCGUGCUCAAAGUAGUCUUAUUCAAUCAUUCUGAUAUUCCUUUUGAUGUCAAGAGUGGGGACCGGAUUGCACAGCUAAUUUGCGAGCGGAUUUAUUACCCCGAUAUCGAGGAAGUUCAAGAACUGAACGAAACGGCGCGUGGAGAAGGCGGAUUUGGGUCAACCGGUACCAAUUAAUUUUAACAGUAUUGUUCGAUUCUUACGUUUUCUAUGUUAAAUUUGUGUUCCUACUCAUUUUUCAAUAAAUCUGUUUUACCUUUUCGUUCGUAA